GUUUGCAAGCAGGAGAUGCUGCAGAAGAAGAAUGCUGUUUUGGUGGAUGGGGUCAUCCUAAAUGGUCCAAUAAUGGACUCAAAAGCAGGAGAGACGUUUGUGGAAGAGGCCUGUAAGAUUAUAAUGGAAGAAGUUGUCCAGAAAGCAGAUGAUGUAACAGAAAAGGUCUGUGAGUGGCAAGCCCCUGAAGAGCUGAAGCAGAUUCUUGACCUGGAAAUGAGGGACACUGGAGAAUGUCAUCAGAAGAUCCUGCAGCACUGCCGUGAUGUUAUAAAAUACAGCGUCAAAACCAAUCAUCCGAGGUUUUUCAAUCAGCUGUAUGCUGGAAUAGAUUAUUACUCGUUAGUGGCUCGUUUCAUUACAGAAGCACUGAACCCCAGUGUAUACACAUAUGAAGUAUCUCCUGUGUUUCUGCUUGUGGAAGAAGCAGUAAUCAAGAAAAUGAUUGAGUUCAUAGGCUGGGAAGAAGGAGAUGGUAUAUUUAAUCCAGGUGGCUCUGUUUCUAAUAUGUAUGCUAUGAACUUAGCCAGGUACAAAUUUUGCCCUGAGAUAAAGGAGAAAGGGCUUUCAGGUCUGCCAAGACUGGUUCUGUUUGCUUCGGAAGAGUGCCAUUACUCCAUGAAGAAGGCAGCCUCCUUCCUGGGUAUUGGUACAGAGAAUGUGUACUUCAUCAAAACAGAUGAAAGAGGUAAGAUGAUACCUGAGGAACUGGAGAAACAAGUCCAGCGGGCCAGGAAAGAGGGGUCAGCACCAUUUCUUGUCUGUGCUACAGCAGGCACAACUGUACUGGGAGCAUUUGAUCCUCUGGAUAAAAUUGCUGAUAUCUGUGAAAAGCAUGGGCUCUGGCUUCACGUUGAUGCUUCUUGGGGUGGCUCAGCUUUGAUAUCAAGGAAGCAUCACAGACUUCUUCAUGGUAUCCACAGGGCUGAUUCUGUUGCCUGGAAUCCCCAUAAAAUGCUGUUGGCAGGAAUCCAGUGCUGUGCUCUUCUGGUGAAAGACAACUCUGGCCUGCUGAAGAGGUGUUACUCUGCUGAGGCUGCAUACCUGUUCCAGCAGGACAAGUUCUACGAUGUCAGCUACGACACUGGUGACAAGUCCAUCCAGUGCAGCAGGCGUCCGGACGCUUUCAAGUUCUGGCUGAUGUGGAAAGCAUUGGGAACUACAGGCCUUGAGGAGAGAGUGAACAGGGCACUGGCUUUGGCAAGAUAUCUAGUGGAGGAAAUUAAAAAAAGAGAGGGAUUCCAGCUUCUUUUGGAGCCCGAGUAUGCAAACGUCUGCUUUUGGUACAUUCCACCGAGCUUAAGAAAAAUGGAGGAUGGACCUGAAUUUUGGCAAAAGCUGCACCAGGUUGCUCCUAUAAUUAAGGAGAGGAUGAUGAAGAAGGGCAGCAUGAUGCUUGGGUACCAGCCUCACCGGGGCAAAGUCAACUUCUUCCGCCAGGUGGUCAUCAGCCCACAGGUGAGCCGAGAGGACAUGGACUUCCUGCUGGAUGAAAUCCAGCUCCUUGCUGAGGACUUGUAGCUGGAGAUCCACAGCAUCAGGUGCUGCUCACAUGUGGUAUUUAUGGAGAGAGAGUGGCAGCAGCAUUCUGGUGCUAUUUUGUGAAAAGGUAGUAAAAAGCUUGGCAUAUAGUUUGGAGACCGUCGUUUUACAGAUCGGUGUUGAGAACUUUGCAGGUAGAACAUCCCUUCACAGGAAAGUAUUUGCUGAUGGGGGCUGGGGGGCAGGCUGGUGCUUCCAGCACCAUUGCUGCCGUUCUGGGAAGUGUUUCCUCAAGAAGGCAAUGCUUCUAAAAAUGGUGUCUAUGUCCCAGGAAAGGCAGCUAUUUACUGGGUGCCUGUGCACAGUGUGGCUCCAACUGGUCACUUACGCAUGCAGGCAGAAUUCCUCUGAAGCUGCUAUUAUGAGUGGAUUUGUCAGUGAGCCUUAAGAUGCUAGUUAAUUCUCUUCUCUACCCUGUCAAUAUUUUAGUUUGGUAAUUAACAUGAUAAGACUGGAAAUUGUCAACUUGUGUGAAAUGAGUUCCUCAAGGCCACCUAACUAGGUGGAUUGCCCAGGUUUUCUGCUGUGAGCACAGGCAGACAGUACAAUGAGGCUCAGUGCAGUCAUCACACCUGGAGGUUUGCAGGAAUCUCCUGCACAAAGCCCUGAGUAACUAAUGUUGACCCUUCUGGGAGCAGGUUGAACCAGAUGACCAUCCAAGGUCCCUUCCAAGCCACAGGAUUUUGUGAAAACACAAAAUUCUAUGAAACAUGGUCAUUUGGUCCAGUCAAUGUUUGCCAGUGUUGCCCAAAAUAUCACCGCUUUAGGAGAGCUGAAAAUAUUGGAAUAACAUUUAGAAUGUCUUACUUUGUUAACAAGGGUUACCUAUGGUUUCUGAGCUGCUGUUCACCUUCAUCUAUUUUUAAAGUAUAAAGAUUUGCUUAGAAGCUUUUAGAGGCACUUUCAAAUUUUAACAGAGAAAAAAAAUAUAUUUACCUAGAGAUACAUAUUUUUUUGCAUGGUGACUUUUUAUUAAUAAUAUAGGAAAAUGGCUUAUUUGUCACUGUUUGUUUAUAUUUUCCUACAGAUUUAAGAUGACUUGAUUUUAUGUUAUCAGUGUAUAAUUUGUAAUUUUACUCUGAAAUUACAGUAGUGGUGA